AUGUCAAUAUGUGCGUAUUCAUUCCCUAAGGUAACGAAAUCAAACAAGAUUAAAUCAGAAAACAACAUCAUUGGACAAACAUUACCAUUCAUUGCAUUAUCCUCAAAUCUUCUAAAAAAGGUUAAAGAAGUUCCAGGUUUCAUGCAAUACUUCUCUUUUGGUAACUAUUAA